GAACAAGCGAAUCGUUGAUUCUUCGUCCUCUCUGUACGUCCUGCGACGGGCAGCCUAGAACUUGGUUUAAACAACUGGUGACCUGAAAUCUAACGAAGAGACGAAUUCCAUCGAUAGAAUAUUCUCCCAAGAAUAUUAUUUCUUCCCUUUUCCUUUUACGUUUGCUUUUUUCCCCAAAACUCGACGCGAAUCAGCUUUCAAAUCGUAAUUGCUAUUACAAAAUCAGCUAUUCUCUUCUGGAUUGGAAUCUUCAAGGAACAUUGGAUUUGUAGUAGAGCUUAAGCUUGAGUUGAUAUGACGAGACAGCAGCAGAAGCAGCAGCACAUUGCGAUAUUUACAACAGCUAGUCUUCCAUGGCUGACGGGAACUGCUGUGAAUCCUCUCUUCCGUGCUGCCUACCUUGCAAAAGACGGUGAAAGACGGGUUACGUUGGUGAUUCCAUGGCUGACACUGAAGCACCAAGUGCUUGUCUACCCAAACAGCAUCACCUUUACUUCCCCAUCCGAGCAUGAAGCUUAUGUCCGUCGCUGGCUUCAAGAAAGAGUCUCUUUUCCUUUAGGCUUUGAGAUACGUUUCUAUCCAGGAAAGUUUGCAACAGACAAAAGAAGUAUUCUUCCUGUUGGAGAUAUAUCGGAUACUAUCCCUGAUGAAGAGGCAGACAUUGCUGUCCUUGAGGAGCCUGAGCAUCUCACCUGGUUUCAUCAUGGCAAAAAAUGGAAAACCAAGUUCAACUACGUCAUAGGGAUUGUACACACCAACUACUUGGAAUACGUAAAGAGAGAGAAACAAGGCCGUCUCAAAGCCUUUCUCCUCAAAUAUCUUAACAGUUGGGUUGUUGGCAUUUACUGCCACAAGGUAAUCCGAUUAUCAGCUGCAACUCAAGAUUACCCUAAAUCUAUAGUUUGCAAUGUUCACGGUGUCAACCCUAAAUUUCUCGAGAUUGGUUUGAGAAAACUAGAAGAUGAGGAGCAGCCAUUCACGAAAGGUGCAUACUACAUUGGUAAGAUGGUCUGGAGCAAAGGGUACAAGGAGCUUCUUAAACUACUUACAAGACACCAAAAGGAACUCGCUGGGUUAGAGGUUGAUUUAUACGGUAGUGGAGAAGACUCUGAAGAGAUUAAAAAAGCAACCGGAAAACUCGACCUGAAGGUUAAUGUAUACCCAGGACGUGAUCAUGCUGACUCACCAUUUCACAACUAUAGAGUUUUUCUCAACCCGAGCACGACAGAUGUGGUUUGCACAACAACUGCAGAAGCCUUGGCGAUGGGCAAAACCGUAGUAUGCGCAAAUCACACAUCAAACGACUUCUUCAAACAGUUCCCUAACUGUAGAGUCUAUGACGAUGAGAAGGGUUUCGUUAGAGCCACGCUCAAGGCUCUUGGGGAACAACCAUCACAGUUAACAGAACAACAAAGACAUGAACUUUCAUGGGAUGCUGCUACGGAACGGUUUAUAAAAGCCUCAGAUCUUAACCGAUUAUCAAGAGCUGAUUCCAACUUAUCAAAGACAAGUGUGUUCGCGUCGUCUUCUAUGAGUGUGGGGAAAAAUUUGGAGGACAUGUCUGCGUAUAUUCACUUCUUGGCGUCUGGAUUUGAAGCUUCAAGAACAGCUUUUGGUGCAAUCCCUGGAAGCUUGCAACCAGAUGAAGAGUUGUGCAGAGAUCUUGGCUUGUCUCUCAAAACUCCUUCCCGAAAUAGUCUCAAGGAAGAUCGACCCGUUUGACUGAUAUGUAAACAUUUUGUUCUCUCUGUAUAAUUAAUGUAUUUAUGUAUCACUGUACAUGGAUCAUUUUAUAGUCUUGGUGUACUGUUGUGGUAUGUUUAUAUGAACAAGAACAUUACUGAUCUUAAAAGAAAACUUUUUGUAUGUUUUGCUGUUUGGUAUAAAUUUUAGAGAAAUUGGGUCAA